AUGACGGAUCGUGCUCGCUUGAUAUCGGCAUUUAUCACUUCUUUCGGGUUAUUUGAGUGGAACCGGAUGCCUUUCGGCAAGAAGAAUGCGCCUCAGAUCUAUCAACGUUUGAUCGACAACGCGCUAUAUGGAUUCACCCGGAUCCCGAAGUCUGAAGAUCAUGGAGGUACUUUGGAUGUGUUAGAGGUCGGGGAACCGGUGGAUCCAGACAAGCCAUCGGUGCUUGGGCGUAGAUCAUAUAUCGAUGACAUCCUGAUCCCAGCAAAUAACUGGGAUCAGCUAUGUGAUCGAGUCGAGAGUUUACUUGAAGCAUGUGAUAAGUGGAAUCUGUCGAUCAGUGUGGUCAAGAGUUUCUGGGGAAUGCCUAAGAUGGAAUAUCUGGGUCAUAAGGUCUCCCCCAAUGGACUCCGGUUCAUUGAAGGCUAUCCAAGUUAUGCGUCCGUUCUGUAUGAAUUGCGAGAGAUCGACUUUGCUGUGGUGAGGCCCCCCAAGCGCGGAUAUAACAAGCGCUGGAAGCGAAGAAUUCGGAUCGAGGAUCACAGGCGCCAGAUCCUACCGAAAUGGAUCCACGCUGGAUCCAUACCCAUCGAUCCUUCAGUGCGCUCAAAGCCAAGAUCGCUACUACUCCGAUCCUACGGCACUUUGAUCCAGAUCGGAGGGCCACGGUUGUGGUAUAUGCCAGCGAUUGGGUCAAUACAGGAAUACGACCAGAUCUACUAUCCCGUGAUGUUUGCAAGCCGCAUUCUGAAGUCGAAUGAGCUAAACGAUGGCAUCGCAGAGAAGGAGGUAUUAGUCCUUCUGCGGAUCCUGGAUCUUAACUACAAUGCACUGGUCGGACGCCCGAUCCACGUGUUGACCCGACACUCAACAUUGACGUGGCUCUUCAGAUCCACGGUCCUACAGGGACGUCUGGGACAGUGGGCCGCUCUGUUGUCGUUCUGGACUCCGGAGAUCACCAAGUGUGUCAAAGGAGAGGACGAGAUCUUAGGAUCACUGGCCGCCAGAUUACCCCUAGAUCGGAAGUGGAUAAAACAUUGA